CCUCGCUUCAGCUCGCCUCCGUCAUCUUCGGAUUACCUCUUGGUCUCCUGUUCCUGUCAGUCUACCAGCUGCAUCCCUUCUGGCUCGAUACUACUAUCCUCGUCAUGCCUAGCAAACGCGCUGCGGAAGAUUCUGCGGACUGGGCCUCUUCAUCCAAGCGGUCAAGGAGGACGAGGGACGACGAUGACUAUGUCAACGUCGAUGUCGACGACGACCUACAUGAUGCGCCUUCGCCCCCAGACUCGUCUCUCAUCCCACGCGGCGCGACGAUAAAGUUCAGCGCGUUGACUCGUAAGCUAGCUGAGACGCAGAUACCGAAGGAUGGGGUGGAAGAUGGCGAUCUCGACGUGCACCACCGUCAGCAGGACAAGUUGGUCUCACACAUGUUUCAAGAUCAAGAUUUCUCGUGGUUGCAUCUGAAGCCGGACCAUGCUUCACGUCCUCUCUGGAUUAGCCCGGAAGACGGGCACAUCAUACUUGAAGCAUUUUCACCCAUAGCCGAGCAAGCGCAAGACUUCCUAGUGGCUAUUAGCGAGCCUGUCAGCAGACCCGCCUUCAUCCACGAGUACAAGCUCACUUCGUAUUCCCUGUAUGCCGCCGUCUCUGUCGGUCUCCAAACGGAGGAUAUAAUAGAAGUGCUGAACCGUUUAUCCAAGGUUCCGGUGCCCGAAAGCAUCGUCAGGUUCAUCAGGGAACGGACAUUAUCCUAUGGCAAAGUCAAGCUUGUCCUCAAACACAACAAGUAUUACGUGGAGUCGAGCCACCCUGAAACGCUCCAAGUCUUGUUGAAGGACAAGGUCAUUCGUGAGGCGCGUGUACACUCGCAACCCACGGACAACAGCAUCAAGGCGGCCACUUUCACGACCUCAAAGGCGCCCGUGAAGGGAAACCUUGUUAUACCCGGGACAAAAGAAACGGACAAAAAGAAGGACGAUGCGGCUGGCAAAGGCUCAGCGAACGCUUCCGCCACGGAUGCCGAGCUUUUCACGUCAGUAGUCGGCGUAGAAGGAGACGAAGUAGACGAAGAUGACGACAAUGUCCAUGCCUUUGAAAUCGAUGACGGGAAGAUAGACGAUGUCAAGAAGCGAUGUAAUGAGCUCGAAUACCCGAUGCUAGAGGAAUACGACUUCCGCAAUGACACCAUAAACGCCAACCUCGACAUCGACCUGAAGCCUUCUACCGUCAUCCGGCCGUAUCAGGAGACUAGUCUCAGUAAGAUGUUCGGUAACGGUCGUGCACGGUCUGGAAUCAUCGUCCUUCCGUGCGGCGCCGGCAAGACCCUUGUCGGAAUUACUGCCGCAUGUACGAUAAAGAAGUCAUGCCUAGUGCUCUGCACGUCGUCGGUGUCGGUGAUGCAGUGGAAACAACAGUUCCAACAAUGGUCCAAUGUCACCGACCGUCAGAUCGCCGUAUUCACCGCUGACCAGAAGGAGAAAUUCGCCGGUGAUAGUGGCAUAGUCAUCUCGACGUACUCCAUGGUCGCGAACACGCACAACAGGUCGCAUGAGUCCAAGAAGAUGAUGGAGUUCCUGACCUCGCGCGAAUGGGGCUUUAUCCUCCUGGACGAAGUGCACGUUGUGCCCGCUGCGAUGUUCCGCAGGGUGGUAACUACCAUCAAGGCACAUUCAAAGUUGGGGUUGACAGCGACACUCGUUCGUGAGGAUGACAAGAUCGCCGACCUUAACUACAUGAUUGGGCCGAAGUUAUACGAGGCAAACUGGAUGGACCUUGCCGCCAAGGGACAUAUUGCGAAUGUCCAGUGCGCAGAGGUAUGGUGCCCAAUGACACCGGAGUUCUACCGUGAAUACCUGCGCGAGCAGUCGCGGAAGCGCAUGCUGUUGUACUGCAUGAAUCCGCGCAAGUUCCAAGCAUGCCAGUUUCUCAUCAAGUACCACGAGGACCGUGGCGAUAAGAUCAUUGUAUUUUCGGACAACGUCUUCGCGCUAGAGGCCUACGCUAAGAAGCUCGGAAAGCUCUACAUUCACGGUGGAACGGGGCAAGUAGAGCGGAUGCGGAUAUUACAGUGGUUCCAACACAGUCCGGAUGUCAAUACGAUCUUCCUGUCGAAGGUCGGAGAUACAUCCAUUGACUUGCCCGAGGCCACAUGCCUUAUUCAGAUUUCCUCGCAUUUCGGUUCCCGCAGACAAGAGGCGCAGCGCCUAGGGCGCAUCCUGCGAGCGAAGCGGCGAAACGACGAGGGCUUUAACGCGUUCUUCUACUCUCUCGUCUCGAAUGACACGCAGGAGAUGUUCUACAGUACGAAGCGCCAGCAAUUCCUCAUCGACCAGGGGUACGCGUUCAAGGUAAUCACGCACCUCGACGGGCUGGAGAACCUCCCGGACCUGGUCUACAAGUCGCGCGACGAACAGAUCGAGCUGCUCUCGUCCGUGCUCCUCGCGAACGAGAGCGAGGCGGACCUCGGCACGGACGUGCGCGCGGGCGAGGGUGAUCUGGCGGGCACGAUCACGUCAAAGGACUUCGGCAUGCCGUCCAAGUUCCCCGCCGUGCAGCGGACGUCGGGCUCGCUCACCGCGCUCAGCGGCGCGCAGCACAUGUCGUACGUCGAGCAGAACAAGUCCGCGAACAAGAAGCUCGCGCGCGAGCAGGCGCCGCGGCACAAGCUCUUCGCAAAGCGCGACAAGGACGUCGCGACCGCGCGGAAAGAGGCGAAGGCGGCUGCGCGAAGCUAGGGCUAGCCGUGGGACGGCGCUCGAGUGGCUCCAGCUCGACGGCGUAUCUGGGAAUCGGAUGUACACUACGGGAUCGUGCAAUCUACAGCUUGUUUAAUGCACUA